GGGCGGGUCUUGGGUGGCCUGUUUAAAGUGUGUCAGAACUGUCACUUGAUGUCUAGUCUUUCUGUUGGGGUGCGAGUGCACUGACCACUGCUUGUCCCUUGGAUAUAAGUGAGGAGGCUAAUCCACAAUCAUGACUGACGCGCAACAGGAGGCCCGCUCAUACCUGAGCGAGGAGAUGCUUGCCGAGUUCAAGGCUGCCUUCGACAUGUUCGACACUGAUGGUGGCGGUGAUAUCAGCACCAAGGAGUUGGGUACCGUCAUGAGGAUGCUGGGUCAGAAUCCAACCAGAGAGGAGUUGGAAGAAAUCAUCGAGGAGGUAGAUGAAGACGGCAGCGGAUCCAUCGACUUUGAGGAGUUCUUGGUCAUGAUGGUGAGACUCCUAAAGGAGGACCAGGCUGGCAAGAGCGAGGAAGAGUUGGCCGAAUGCUUCCGCGUGCUGGACAAGAACGGUGAUGGCUACAUCGACAGAGAUGAGUUUGCUGAGAUCAUCCGCAGCACUGGCGAAUCCAUCUCAGAGGAAGAGAUUGAUGAGCUGCUUAAAGAUGGAGACAAAAACAACGAUGGCAUGCUGGACUUUGAUGAAUUCCUCAAGAUGAUGGAGAAUGUGCAGUAAAACAGAGACUCAAGGACAUUCCUCUCCCCUCUCACCCCUGCAAACAGGAACCUUUACCUCUCAGUGCCACUCAAAUUAACUUCCCCCUUUUGUCCUCUUUCUGCCUCCAUUUCACCUCUUCAACAGACAGACAGAUAAACACCUCUGUGGGGUUUGCCAAGGUUGGGCUCCCACUGAACCCUCAUGCAAGACCCAAUCAGCCAAGCUGUGGUUUGGUUCACAGGCUCAUCAUGUUACGAUGGCGCUCAAGUUCACUAGAAGCACAUGCCAUGGUAGAUCCCACAUUUGUGGGUGUUUAGUCUAGAUUUAGUCUAGAUCAGCAGCUUGUUACCGCUGCAUAGACCAAUGCCAAAGCCAAACCACUUCACUGUACUUAAGAACGAACGCUUGAAAACAGAAUAAAAAAUAAAACACA